GAUAACACCAAACCUUCUCUUUAACUCUUUUUUGGUUCAUGGUCUCCUUCCACAGUUUCUAAACCUUCAUGGAUUUGCUAGAGAAGCUCUUUUUCAUAGGUUUCCUCAUUCUUGCUGCAGCCAUUGAUGGAGCUCAGUCAGAUACCAUGGUCACUGGCACCGUCUUCUGUGACCAGUGCAAAGAUGGCCAAAGGUCCCUCUUUGAUUAUCCCAUUUAUGGAAUCAAAGUUACAGUUGCCUGUGCCAAUAGUAAUGGACAAGUCACAAUGUCAAGGGAAGAGACUACAAAUUGGUUUGGAAACUAUGCAAUGAAGUUUGAUGGUUCCCCGGACUUGAGUGGUUGUUAUGCACAAGUUUCUGGCAGUGGACAGGGUUCAACGGGAUGUGGUGCAGCUGCUGGACCUGCCCAAAAUCUUAGACUCAUGUUUAGGAUGUUUGACAUGGAAAUGUAUACAGUGGAUCCUUUGCUUACUCAGCCUGCUCAGCCUAUGUCAUUUUGCCCAAGGUCAACUAACCCUGUGCCUGCACCGGUAACACCAGUGGUGUCUCCUCCGCCUUUCAAGCUUCCCCCAAUGCCUGGACUGCCACCAAUGCCUCCAUUGCCAUCAUUGCCACCAUUGCCACCACUCCCUCCAAUGCCUCCUUUGCCACCACUGCCUCCAAUGCCAACACUACCUUUCUCAGAAGCUUCAGCAUGCCUACAUGACAAUUGGACAAUGCCUGAGUACAAGUGUUACUGGAGGGCAGUGAACCCAGACACAAAGGUAGCAGUUGCUUUUGGUUUGCUUGCAGCUAGAAGAUAUGGGACAGACAUGACAUUGUGGCAAGGCCUACAAGGAAGAGGAGACCCUUAUAGGACUCUUCUAAGGGAAGGGACCACUGCUUUUCUCAACUCUUAUAAUAGCCUUCAAUUUCCAUACAAUGCAAUUGGUGUGACCCAACGCAUGAAUUGGGCAUUGAUGGGCUCCAAUCGAAAUGUCCUCCUCACUGCACUGCGGUUCAGGAGAGCCAAUUCUGGUUAUGGACAAGUCUCAUGCAAGUUCACCCCUUGCAAGUGAUUCAUUUCUUGGCAUUAUAGAAUUUAUAUGUGGACUGCUUCAGCUUGGGUCUAUGUGGUUAUAUUAUUUGUGGGUGUAUACGUUUUAUAUUAUUAUUAUUUUUCUUUCUGUAAUAGUGCUUCUUUGAACUGGUAAAUUCUUGAUAUUCUGGGUAGUCAGGGUUUUUUUCAUAGUUUUUAUUAAUUACUAGAGGAAUAAGGUUUUAGAAAGCUAUAUAUCAUGUUUGAGAUGGGGGAAAUAGUAAAUGCCUCGUGAUAGAAAGCCAUGGUGGAUCCCCACUAUAUGUCUAUAUGGUACAAUUUUUAAAGAGAUUUUAUCUUAAUAAAUUUAUAAUA